AUGAAAAAUCAAUACAGUGAUGAGGAGAACGACAUUGAGGGUGAAUUAGAUAAUGUUGAAGAUUCACCUUCACACAAUAAUAGCACCACCACUGCCACUGCCACCGGCGGUGAGAAUGGAAGUGGCGGAAAGAGUAGCAGUAAGAAGAGACCAAAGAAUGACAAAGACGACGACGAUGAACAUCCCGAAGAGUAUAAAGAUAGUAGUGAGGAGGAAGAGGAAGGCGAGGAUGCAUAUCAGUACGAUGACUUUGUAGUGCCUGAGGAUGACGAUGGCGAUGACGAUGCAGGUGACAACGACGAUGGCGAAGAUGAUGACGACGACGAUCAAGAGGACGAAGAAACACUGAAGCGUCGUGAAGAGCGUCGUAAACGUCGUGAAGAGCGUCACAAGCGUCGUGAAGAGAAGAAGAAACGUCAAGAACAAGGUAGACUUCACCGUCUCAAAAAGUUUAAAGCCGGUGACGACAGUGAAGAUCUCAGAGAGAAAUUACAACAAAGUUUAUUUGGAAAUGAUGAUAUUCUUGAUGAAGAGACAAACGAAAAUGGAUAUGAGAGAGAGAGAGAUGAUGAUUAUAUGGAUAGAGAUGAUGAUUUUGAUUCGGAGGAUGAAAUGGAUGGUUUCGUUGUGGAUUCACACGACAAGCCUGUCAACCUGAAGAAUAAGAACAGAAGAGGUCGUGUCAGACAAUACGAAGAGGAAGACAUGUUGUUGGAGGAACGUCCAAAAGAUACACUGUCACUCAUCAAGGAGCAAUACGAACCAUCUCUACUCGAAGAGAAACAUUUCACCGAUGCAGACGAAGAGAUACGUAAAAAGAAUGUACCAGAGAGAUUACAAUUGAGAAAAGGAACACCAUAUGCAGGUGAAAGACAGACAUACGAAGAAGCAGAGUGGAUCUAUGAGAGUGCAUUCGAUAAUAAGGAAGCAAAGGAUUUGCGAAUGAUUGAGACUAUCUCGACGAUAUUGAAGUUCUUCCAGCGUGAUAUGCUGGAGGUGCCGUUUGUUUAUACCUAUAAGAAGGAUGUGUUUGAACCAAUGACACUUCAAGACUUGUGGACGAUAUUCGAUCUCGACGAAAAGUGGAAUCAUAUGAUGACCUCAAAGAAAUCGUUGGAGUCGUUCAUCGCUGCCAAUCCAAACUUGGAGCAGUAUCAGCAGUCGUUGCGUGAAUGUAAGAGUGAGGAAGGCAUUGCCGAUCUCUACGAUCUCUUCCAGAUGAUCAACGGUCCAGAAGGUUUCAGAGUAAAGUCAACCACCACCACCACCACUACAACUGUGGUCGAUGACGAGAAUAACAAUAACAACACAGCAGCCACUACAGCAAUAGCAUCGACACCAAAGCUGAAGCGUGCAAUCAAGAGAGAUUUAUAUACAGUUUAUUCAAAGGCAGGACUGACAAAGUUCCUUCCGUACUAUGGAAUCAGUGCGCAAGAAUUUGGUAUCAAUUUGAUGGAUAACUACAUGUCGCACGUGCCCAACGACCACUUUGACGACCCGUCGUCGUGCGCCAUGAAACACAUCUGUGUCGAGUGUGGCAAUAUCGAUUCUGUGCUGCGUGCUGCGCGCUAUCUGAUGGCGCACGACAUUGGAUUCGAUCCAAACGUUCGUCAAUCGAUUCGUAUGAUCUACAGAAAGUAUGCUUAUCUCACCACGACACCGACUGCCGUCGGCCAAAAAGAGAUCGACGCAUUCCAUCCCUAUAUCACUGUUAAAUCGAUUCGCGAGAAACCAUGUCACAUCUUUGACGACACACAGUAUCUGUUGAUUCUCAAGGCGGAGCGUGAAGGAUUCGUCAAGACAUCGAUUGGCAUUCCUGAGCACGUCCACGAUAAUGUCAUCAUCCCCGAGAUGGAAGCACUCUAUUUGAGCAGUGGAACCAGUUCGAAUGCACAGCAAUGGAAUGCCGAGCGUAAGCAAAUCAUUCGCGAUACAUUGAAUAUGUUUUUGUACCCCGUUUUUGAAAAGGAGUUGAGGAACAAGUUGUUGACAGAGGCAAGCAAUCGUGUUGCUUUCGAGUGCGCCAUGAAGUUGGAGGAGAAGUUGCGUGUUGCGCCAUGGCAACCGAAUCAACAGAACGACGACGACGAAGAAGAGGAUGAAGCCAAGACAUUCAACAUUAUGUCUUUUUGUUGGGGUAGCGAGAAGGUGCCAACCAUGUGUGCCGUCCUCAACUCUGACUCUGAGUUGCUCACACAGACCAAGAUGGACUUUUUAUGUGACAGAGUCGGUGACUCCACACUAAAGAACAAAAAGCAAGACGAUGUCUCAAAGUUGACCAAUCUCUUGACUGACUACAAGCCAAGAUUGAUUCUCAUCAGUGCCACCGAGAUGGAGAGUAAGCGUUUAUUUGACGAGAUCAGAGAUCAUGUCACACGUCUACACUCCGACGGUGUCUUGAAGUUGUCGACCGAGAUCUACUUUGCUUCGCCAGAGAUUGGUUUGUCACUGCAAAACUCUCAACGUUAUUUCGAGGAGUUCCCAGAGUUUCCAUCGGUAUUGAAGCACGCUGUUGCUGUCGCACGUUGUGCCCUCGAUCCACUCUCUGAAUACUCGAAUCUCUGCACCGAUAACAAGGAGGUGCUCUACCUCAAAUUGCAUCCACUCCAAGAAAUGAUUGGAAAGGACUACCUCUUGAAACUCCUCUAUCGUUGUUUCAUCAAUGUCGUUAACGCUGUCGGUGUCGACAUCAACAAGUACGUCAAGAACAAAUUUGCUGCGUCGCCACUCCAGUUUGUUUCGGGUCUCGGUUCGAGAAAGGCACAGGCGCUACUCAAUGCCGUCUUUAGAAAGGGUGGUUAUGUAUCGUCGCGUCAAUCGAUAGAGAAGAUUCUCACAAGUCAGGAUGUUAACAUCAACCCGCUCGACGACACUCGUAUCCAUCCGGAUGACUAUCUCUCUGCCUACAAGAUCGCCGCCGAUGCACUCGACCGAACCGUUGACCAAGAUUCACUCAACGAAGAUGUGAUGAACGACUGUGUUUUCGAGGUGAUGAACGAUCCCAAAAAGCUAGAGUCUAUCGAUCUCGAUGCAUUUGCCGAGCUCCUAGAGAUCCGUCAGAACACACAAAAGAAAAAGUUGCUCUAUGCCAUCAAGAAUGAGUUGACAUCGCCAUUUGCUGACAUUAGAAACUACUUCCAACCACCCAGUCCCUCACAGAUCUUCAGUUGGUUGACCGGUGAGACCGACCAAACACUGAGAAUCGGUACACUCGUCUCUGUCACCACCUACAAGAAUCUCGACGGAGUCAAGUGUCGUCUGGAGAACGGAUUGGAGGGAACCAUCCCUACCGAAUGCAUCAGUGAGACCAACGAUGUAAAAUCAUUGCCCAGAGGCCAGACAUUGAAUUGCCGUAUUCUCUCGAUUGAGAAAGAGCGAUUCCAUGUCACCUUGAGUUGCAAGCCCUCGGAUCUUGCCGCCGAGAAAUGGGAGGAUAUUAUCUACAAUGAAUUGAAAUACAACGGAGAGAAUACCUAUUUGAUACUUGGUGAGGCUCCAAAGGCACCGAUUGCAGCCAACACCAAGAAGCGACAGUCGGUUCCACAAAAGAUAAAGAAACAAAAGAGAACCGUUGUUCAUCCACUGUGGCACUCAUUCACCUGGUCGGAAGCAGAGAAUCAUCUCAAGGACAGACCUGUAGGUGAAGCACUGCUGCGUCCAAGCAGCAGAGGAUUCGACCACAUCACUGUGACAUUCAAAUUCUCUGACAAUGUAAUCAUACACCACGACAUCAAAGAAAAAGACAAGCCAAAUCCAGUGAGUUUGGGUCUGUCAUUCUAUAUUGGCGAGGCCAAGUACGACAGUCUCGACGAAAUUCUUGGAAGACAUGUAGAAUAUAUAAUCAACAAUGUUAAUAAUCUCAAGGAACACAAGUAUUAUCGAAGUGGAACCAAGUCGGAAGUCGAGGAGAAACUCAGAAAAGAUAAACAGAGAUUCCCCAAGUCGAUUCCCUAUGCUUUUGCAAUCUGCGAAGAGAAACCAGGAUACGUUUAUCUCUACCACGUUCCCAAUCAAAACCCGAGAUACGAGUACGUUUUAGUGAAAGAAGAUGGCUAUGAGAUUAGAGGAAAAACAUUUGGAACGGUCGAUGAGUUGAUACACUACUUUAAGAAGAACUACCAACAGAUAUUAAAGACACCACUCAGCGGUAAUAGCAGCAGUAGCAGCAGCAGUAGCAGCAGUGGAACCAACAAUAGCAAUCAAAGAUUGCCAACCAAUAGCAGCAAUCAAUCAUCAUCAUCAUCAUCGGCAUCAUCAGCUUCACAACAGCAACAACAAUCUCAACAUCAACAACAACAAUCAUAUUCACAACCGAAACCACAACAACCAGUGUACCAGCCACCUGUUCAACCAGCAUAUUCUUCACAACCACCACAACAAGUUUACUCACAACAACCAUUCCAGCAACAACAACAACAGAGACCACCACAACAAUAUCAACCACAAGCACCACAACAAUAUCAACAACCAUAUCAAGCACAACAACAACAAUACCAACAACCUCUAAAUCAACAGCAACAACAACCACCACAAAACUGGAGAGCACCACCCCAACAGGGAAUGUAUCAACAACCACCUCCCAGCCAAUACGACAGAAGACGACAAGACCAAUAUCAAGAAACAAGACCUCCACCUCCACAAUACAAUUAUGGUCCAUCUGGCUAUGACAAUAGAGACUAUAGACAACCACCUCCUCAACCAUACCAACAACCACCUCCACAGCAAGGUUAUCCACAACAACAACAGCCACCACCCUAUCAGCAAUAUGGUAGACCAAAUCAGCAAUGGGAUGAUCACCAAAGUCAGUGGGAUUAA